UCGGGUUUGGACGCGAUUUUUGCAUCGGCGUCGCCGUCGGUUGAUUGAAUUGAACUCGGGAAAAUCGGUUUUCUUUUGCGUUUUGCGGUGGAAUUUUGGGACUGGUUGGUGUUGGACCAGGUCUCGGAUUUUUUUCUUCUGUUGAAGGAAGGGCGCGGAUCUAAAAUUGGGCUGCAUACAUCCGGGGGUUUGUUUUUCUUUUUCGGUCGAUGGAAAAAAUGUAAAAUGUCGCGAGUUUUGUUAUUCUAGCUGGUCAGCGAAGCAUUUUGGGAUUGGGGAAUUGUGUUCUGGUGAAAGUUUCGCAUACUGGCUGCUGAAUUUUCCUGGGAACGAACACACAGAUGGGUGGUGUGAUUUUUCCGGGUGUGUUUCGCCUCUGCAGUAGGAAAAGUUGCUCGGUUUCGAGAGUCUGAGGGAAAAGGCGGAACGGAACAGAGCAAAAAUAACAGAAAAAAAAGAACGGGAACCAAGCACAUCGCAGUCACAUCGAGAGCGAGAGUUUUGAAUACUUUUUUUUGUUCCGAGGAAACUGUAAACUCAAAACACUAUAAGAGCAGCCAAGUGUAUCGUAGAGGGAAAUUUAUUGACAGGUCUGGGUUCCAUCCGUUCACAACUGGCUCCAGCUUGUUCAGGUGGCUCAGAAAGGCUCUAGACUCGUCUCCUCGAUAAACGUCGAUGGAAUAAUGCGAUAAAAUUCGAUGAAAUGUGACCAUCCCGUGCAAAGGUGGAUCUCUAGUGUUUUAUGUCUGACUUCGGCGUUCCUCAUACUGCCGGUCGGAAAAUUGCCUCGCAUUUUUUCUUUCCAAAAUUCGGUACCUUCCCCGGCUAGCUGUUCGACCCCAUUCAAAUGCCAUUAGUUUAGAUGGUUGCGUUUCGUGCUUGGAGCUCACAAAAACUUUACCACACACUACUGGGCCUGGACCGGCAAUCACCAUCGACUUCCAAAGUCAGGAUCCAGUCAGGUGAAACGCGUUCUCCCGGACGUGCUCCGUAUCGAAGAGUACAAGAUUUAUCGUUGUUUACGUUAUUUUGAAAGUCAAAUCGCCCACCCCUCGAGGCACCUGCACCAGGGAAAAGGGGCGGUGAUUUGCAAAUCUGUGCCAACCGAGCUAUUUUUAACACCCUUUGGACGUUACUGACCUGCGACUCCUAGAAAGAAGAUAGAAGUUCGCAACCCUUCUUUCUCCUCAACCUGUCUCGAGUGUAUACAACCCUUCGAUUUUUAUCGCGUGUGAAUAUACUCUCUGGAGCCACCCAUUUCAAAAACGCUAAGAAAGCACCAGGAAGUGAAUACCUUAAAUCAACAAAUAAAACACUCUCCUUCGUCUUUCGGGCGAAGAGCUACUCGAAAUUCCCUCAAGAGGACAAGUUAAAGUGGGCUAUUCUCAGCUUUUUCCAAAACGCGAAAACCAAGCGGAAGCCUAAGUUUGAAUUUAACACUUGAAAAGGGAGAAGAAAAAACACCGACGAGAAUUCACUCGAGCAGCCUGAAAAACCAAAAAAAGGAGUUCCUCGUGUUUUGCAGGGGUAGAUAUUAUUGCCCACGAAAAGCAGAUCACCCUCGCUAAAAAAAUACAUAACAGCAGCGAACCAACCACAAAAACCACUGAAAAGGGUGAAUUUUUGCAAUCCGGUUGUUUUUAUUUGGUGUUGUUCCAUCCUUCCUUCCGGACGAAAGGACGGACCGACAAAAAAAGAUCGGGGGAAGCGUGAAAGAUUUCCCGAUAAUAGCGACCACGUGCGCUGCGAAGAAGAUUUCCUGGACCCUCUGAAACGGUGUGUUUUGGGGCGGUUAAAUUAUUGGUAGAAAAAGAAGCAAAAGCCAAGUGAAGUAAGUGCAUCAUUCCUGGCUUCAGGAGGCUCUAUCUAGUGGGAAAAAUCAAGUUGUGUAAGUUUUGCCGGAAGUUUGUGGGGUGUUUAAUUCAAGGAAAAUAAGCAAAGAAAAAGUGGUGCUGCUUGAUAGUCCUCUUCUUAAAAUUGGAUGGGAGGGCCCUGAAGAAGGAAAAUAAAAUAAUUAAGCAAGUUUUACGAAAGCGAAACCAGAGAGGGUGCUGCUGAGUUAAAAGUAGCGGAAGCAUCGUUUGGCGGAAAAACAGCUACCCUACUUUCUGACCAAAGAAGGUGUUGAAGGUGUCUCCAGAUGAUGGUCAACUAAAUUGAAUAAAAAAGUAUAUUCCGGACAAUUUGCUGCACUUAAGAAACCUUCAUCGCGCGAAAACCUUAAAGCGACUGCCCAUAAAAAGUCACUUUAAUAACAUCGAAUGAAUGAACGUCACGGCUGCGGCGGUCAAAAGAAGUCAAUCUUCCCCGGGAAACUGACGACCCCAGACAACCGGCCAAUAGUCACUGAUGAUGGCAGCAGCAGUCUUCAUCGUUCUCGGUUAGCAGCUAGAAGCAAUGAAUGAAAUCUACAGAAACCCGGAAGAGGAAACCUCAGCAGCAGCGCCAUUCGUGAAUGGGAAAUAAACAUCAUUCAUUGCUUAUGACACUAGCCAAAGCCCAGCGAAGCCGGCAAAGUUUAGCAUAGAGUCAAACGAGAAAAAGUAGAGGAAAAAGAGAGGAUACAAAAAAAACACCGAAACCGAGGAAACCCCUGAAAAGCUCACAAUCCACGCCGCGAGUGCUUCUGCAUCUCCCUACUGGGAGCAGCAGCUCUGCAGAAGAAGAUUGCACAAGGUUGAAUUUAUGGCUCCUUCAUGGUGCUGGAGGAAAAGGGUAUUAAUUUGUGGGCUGUGUGCGCGUGCAGAUUCUGCCUGGGGGCUUGCCGUCCACCACCGGCGCUUUUGGAUGCUUGCAGCAGAUCCCCGCCACCAGUAAAGUGGAAAACUGUCUGUAAUGGAAAAGUUGGAUUAACCUCCUCGAAAUUGGUUGGUCGGUCUUGUCGGCCUGGCCAUUGCUGGCGGAUGAAAAAUGAAUGAAAUUAGCUGAAAAUUUUCGGCAGCGGCAGUUGGAAAGUCGAAUUUCUGUGAAAAGGGUUUGCUCAAAUUGCUCAAUUGAAGAAAAACGCCGUGUUGUGUUUUGUGGAAAGUGGGGGAAGGGUUCUACCAGUGGAAAUAUGAAACGACGAGUCACGAUCAUGUAUCCCCCGGUGAGUGUGCCGCAUCGGACGGCCGGAACUCGCUGGGAGUCCAUCGUCUCCGGCAACGGAUGUGGUCCGGGUCACUGUUACUCAGCCACGCCAUGUGCAACAUCAUUGUCGUCGUCACCAAACUCCACCACAUCGUCGUCAUCAUCUUCAUCACUCUCUAGCUCGUCAUCCGUAACAUCAUGCUCGUCAUUCUCAACUUCAACGUCGAGUGCCUCGGUCAAACACACGCUCAUUGAAGACGCCCUAAACAAUAACAGCGGCGCCCAUCAUCAUGGGUGGUGCAAUGGCACUUCUUCAAUCCUUCAUCAUCAACAUCACCAUCACCAUGACCCGGCGAGUGUCAUGAAUGGGGGAGCCGCUCACAAUCAGCCUGAUUCAGAAAAGUGCAAUUUUAACAAAAACGGGUUGUCCAGUUCGUACGGAUCGAACGGGUCGACCGGUUGCCAAAACCAGUCGACGGAAGUGAACGACGACUGCAGCUGGCGGGGGUACUUCUUGGUCGCGUUGAUUGCCGGCCUCUGCUAUCUCAACGGAAUUCAGGGGGACUUUGUGCACGACGACAUUCCGGCCAUCACGCUGAACCGGGACGUGCUCGGCCAAAGCUCGGUGGCGCAGGUGUUCCGGAACGACUUCUGGGGCACCCCGAUGGCCGACCUCAGCAGCCAUAAAUCGUACCGACCGCUGACGACACUGACAUUCCGAUUAAAUUUCCUAACGUUUGGCCUCCGGUCGGUGUGGUUCCACGUGACAAAUGUGGCAUUGCACGUGGCUGCCUGUGUCCUGUUUACCCGAGUUUGCGCCACGAUUGCCGGGCUGCGGAACAACUUUGCCCUUCUAGCUGGGGUGCUGUUUGCGGUGCAUCCUAUUCACACGGAAGCGGUGACCGGCAUCGUUGGACGGGCUGACGUACUGGCGUGUGUCUUUUUUCUCGUCUCGCUGCUGGCCUAUCACGGCCGCGGUCCGGAGCCUGACAGCAACUCGGUAUGGCUAAGUAUCGUGCUCGGGGGUCUAAGCAUGCUGGCCAAAGAAACCGGCAUCACGGUGUUCCUGCUGAAUGUGGCCUACGAUGUGUACCGGAACUGGGGCUCCCUUAAAAAGACCAUCCUGGAUGUAAGGUGGAGCGAAGAAACUCACCAAUUCGGACGCCGGGUCUCGCGGGUGCUGCUCUCGAUGGGCGUUCUUCUGGCUGUUCGGUUGGCACUUCUGCAAGGAUCGCUGCCCCGAUUUUCCCACCAAGACAACCCCACGGCGUUCCAUCCGAAUUUAUAUGUUAGAUUGCUCACCUUCUGCUACCUGGCCGCCUUCAACUGGUGGCUGCUGCUGUGUCCCUCGACUCUGAGCCACGAUUGGCAGAUGGGCUCGAUUCCACUGGUCACUUCCAUCAGCGAUCCCCGGAAUUUGGUCACGUUUAUUGCAUUCUUUGCCGCGUUGCUGCUGGUCUAUCGGGGGAUGCUAGACUUUGAGCAUCAGCGUCACGUACCGGUUGUAUUAGGGUUUCUGUUAUUAGUGCUACCCUUCCUGCCGGCCACAAAUUUAGUCGUAACGGUUGGUUUUGUCGUUGCCGAGCGCGUUCUCUACAUUCCAAGCAUGGGAAGCGUCAUUCUGGUUGUUUAUGGCGCUCAGCGACUGUGGGAACGUGUGCCAAAAAUGCGAAAACUUAUCCUGGCUCUGGGAAUCAUCCUCCUAGCUUCGGGUACCCUGAAAACCCUAUCAAGAAACAUGGACUGGAGCUCCCGGGAAGCUCUAUUGAGAUCCGGACUCAAAACGUUGCCGCACAAUGCCAAAAUGCACUACAAUUUUGGCAACUUUUUGCGGGAUUCAGCGCGACCGGAUCAGGCCGUUGGGCAUUAUCGGGAGGCGCUGCGAUUGUGGCCUUCCUAUGCAAGUGCUCACAACAACAUUGGAACUCUGAUGGGACAGUUCGAGGAGGCUGAGUUCCAUUUCCUGGAAGCGAUCCGGUACUCGUCGGAGCACAUUAAUGCGCACUACAACCUGGGCCAGUUGUAUCGGAAAUCUAACCGAACGUCAGAUGCCGUCCGGAUGUUGGAACGAUGCAUCCGGCUAGAACCACUGUUUACAGCUGCCUACCUGGAGCUGGUCAAACUUUACGGUGGACUUCAGGCGGGGCAGCUGCUGCGUCAGGUGGUUCGACUCAAUCCGUACGAUGCCGAUCUGCAUCGACAGUACGGGGACUGGCUGUAUGAGCAAAAUUUGCUCCCGGAGGCCCUCGUCCAGUAUCAAGAAGGUCUAAAGGUUAUGGAAACCCAUCAAUUAUCGAUAAUCGGAGCCUGCCGGACGCUGCGGAAGCUUGGCCAACAUUCAAGACUCCAUCAGCUGAUUCUCAGAUGGCAAUUUAUUGUGCGCUUAUCGAACGGCGGCAUUCCGAUACAGACCGAGAUAUAUCUCCGUGAUUGGAGCAUAAAGCACGAGCUGAGAAACCGAGCGAUGAUAUAUGACACUGGCUCUGCUGGCGGCGGCGCUGGCGGUUCCCCAGAAUUGUCCCCAUCCGGUGGCGUGGUGGCAUCGACAUCGCAGCAGAACACCGGAUCCAGACAGCCGCAGCACCAGCACCAGAAAGCGAAUCAAUAUGUCGGAAGUGCCAGGGCCAUGAAAGAUUGCGGCCCACACAUCGGAAGCCACACCAAGCUGGCACCAACUGCACCCGUAGAAUCCGAAAUCAGCAUCCGAAUCCUGAGGAGUCCCCACUGUAAUCGUUCCGAGCAUCUACCGGGAUCCCUGAAAAACUGUAAAAUGGUACCGAAGUCAGCGGGAUCUUCAGCAUCCUCGGUCGGAGGAGGAUCCCGCAGCAGCCGGAAAGGCAAAUCAUCUCCCACCAAAGGCCAACAGGGCACCGAAGCAAGUGGUAAAAAGUGGCCUAGCUCCCGGCACAAGACUCAUCGGAAAGGUUCCGAUGCGGAAUUGGAAGAACCCAAUUCAGAGGGAUUGGCUCCUCUGCUAGUUUCCAAUUUGCUGGAUAAACUUUAACCAAGUGGCAAUGGAAGCUGGGUUAGGGGGUUUUAGGGAUGAUCCGAAGAUUUUUCGGAUUUUAUAAAAGUAAUUGUGAUUCUAGGUUUUACGUUUUCGAAAUCAAAAUUUGAGAACUGUAAAUAUUCCAUUGCAUUCGUUAGUGAGUUUUGGUGUGUCAUUAGAUAUUUCACUGAAUGAAAGGGUGACAAACUUUGGGAAACAAAAAUAUGCACUUGUACGUUGAGAAUCGGUUUCCAGACAGUCUCGCUCGAGAUUGUAUUUGCUUGAGUUUCAUCCUGGGAGAUAGUUUUUUUUUUUUAUAUUAGACUUACCAAUUACAAUGAACCAGUAUUUGAGCAUACUCAAACUAUGAUAACGGAAUAAUCUCUUAACUAUAGUAUGGCUUCAGCUGCUACUCACUAACUACCAAAUGAGUGAAUUGUUUUAAGUUUAAGUUAUUAACGUGCCCUAAGUAAUAAUGAGGAAUUGUAAAUAUUCGACAUAAAAACAGUACUCUAGUAAGAGUGAGAAACUAGAUCGGAUGAAUCAAUUACGCGCCUAAUUGAUAGUCCUGCUAAAAGGUUGAGCAUCGUAGAAAACUAGAAAAAAAACACGAGAGCAUUUAUUUUUGUACCGGAAGCGAACGAUUUCUGCAAAACUGUGUAAAUAACGUAUAGUGUCAACUACAUUUGCAAAAUUUAAGUUUUUGUAGGAGAGCAGUCAAACUUGCUUGUAGCUAGUAAUUGUAAAAAAAAGAUAAAAAGUAAAACAAACGAAACUAGUUCGUGUUUAACGACCGCGCGAUGAAAUUGAACGGAUUGCCAAGUGAUAUUUAAAAGACAAACUAAGGAUGAAAUGCAUUAGAUAUGUAAAGGAAAAAAUAACAAACGUAAAAGACUGGAAACAUAAAGCAAAAUAGCUCUCACAUGUAAAGUAAACAGAGGAAAAACGUCGUAAAAAUUUGAUUGAUAUGUACCUAAUGCUGGAUUUUGAUUAUUUUUAAUUUGAAAUACGGUGGCCUGUCAAAAUUAACCAAUUUUUCUUCAAUGUUAUAAACCUGACCAUUUGACAUCUAUACUUCAAUCUAUCUCCAAGCAAUCACGAAUCUUCAAAGUGUUUCCAUUAAUAAUUUAAUGAACCUUACUGGUCCUUCGAAUCAUUAAAGAGGACUCAAACAUCCUAUUGGCCAAAACUUACUGCUAUGUGAGGCUAUAACACAAUCAAUUCCUGCCCAUGAAACCAUUGAGUUAGAGCUAUUUUAGGCUGGUCCAAACUAUACAGUAGGAGCUCGGGAAAGCCAAACUAAAUACGGAACCAUGGUUUAACAUCAUAACCGGAAACCGGAAAAUAGUAGCGGCACCAUAAGGCAGCGAACGAUUUACGAUGUAAUUAAGUUAAUUCAACCUAAAUGCAGGAUUUUACUACGUCUUUUAGUUUAUUGACGGCGUCGUUGGCUAGUUGGCCAAAAGCCGGAAGCAAGUAUGGGGGGACGAUUAGAGCCUAAGUCACUAAUCGGAAGGACCAACUACCGCACGGAAUAAGGGAAAGGGCGGAUGUUCCAAAUGAGAUAAUAAGUAGAGAGUGGCGAGAGUUUGUCAUACCAAGGAAAAUUGUCCGGUCCAAUGAUUUGUGAGGCUCCGGAACAACCUUGGGGGGUGUGUGUGUGGAUGUGUGCCAUGGUGAUAUGUUUGCCGAAACUCUUAGCAGUAAGGGGGGAUGACGACGAUUUUCUGCUGAAGGAAUUGCUUGCUACUGCUCACUUUUAUGUGUGUACAAUGUGACGCACGACAUAACUUUGGGGCCAGGACGUGUUUUCCGGUACGGUCAAUUUCCGGCUGCGACGGUCAAGUGAAAACGUUGUUUGGGCUCGGAUUCCAGGAAAAGGGGGAGAGGGUCAAAGAUUGUUUCUUUUGCAAUGGAUCAAGUGUUUUGAGAUGUGGAGAUGUUUGAUUCAUGAGAUGUGAUUGUUCAAAUCGAAGCGUUUAAAC